UAUGCAUCUUCAGUUGUGAAAACGCCCUUGAGGGAAACAUGUGUGGAGUGACUUCAGGAGGAAAAUCAACAAGUAAAAGCAUAAAAGUGUGGGAGGGAUCUCCCAGUCCCUCCACAGCAGAAUGUAUCCUCUUCCUGUUUAUGGGAGGAGCAGGAAAGAGAAAGACAGAGAGAGAGAGAGACAGAGGCAGGGUCAGAGAAAAAGAGAUCGGCGAAAAUACAGAAACAGUUUUCAUAGCUAUUAUUCAUACCACAGAGGACACUCCAUUUCAACACAGUGAUCUGAAGCAGAGAAAUGGAUAUUGUUCAGCGGAUUCAACUGGCCCCACCAACAAUCACACAUGAUAUAAUACAGUGUGUAAUUGAUGAAGACCUGAAAGUCCUCAAAAGGUUACUGAAGGUCAAUGACAUCAACAUGACCUUCCCAUGCAAAGAGUUGGGUGAUUAUAUAACCCCACUGAUUGCUGCUGUUGCAUAUCAAAAAAUUGAAAUUUGCAAGUACCUUCUAGGUCAGGAUGCAAACCCAAAUGUUGUUUCCAAGAAGUGCUUGACACCUUUGCAUUACGUCUCACUAUCCAAAGCACCGUCAACUUUUGUCAGGAAACUACUUGAGGCAAGAGCUAAUCCAGACGGAUGGCCUCUACAAAAAAUCUCCCCUCUGCAAUUUGCAGCUAUUCUUGACAGGGAUGAUGUCAUGAAGGAGCUUCUCUCUGCUGGUGCACUGAUAACUUUAUUGCACGUUACUUUACCUGAGGAUUUGUCUCACAAUAUAAAAAUAGCUCAGAUGACGAGUCAUUUGGCAUCAAGUGGACAUGAACUAUGCUCCAAAGUAAGAGAAUUUUUUGAAAUGCAAAUUGCUGUGGAAAAAGGACAAGAACCUGAAAAAGUUUUUAGAGAUUUUAGCAGUAGUUUGCUAAUGGAGGAACCUCAGACUCAUCUCAACAUGAUUGAAGUACUCUUUUGUGCAUUUGGGAAAAAUGAGGAAAAAUUCCGCCAGGGAUGCAUCAAAUGGCUGAGGGAUGGUGACAACUUGAACUCCUACAUUGCCGGUGCAGUGAGACGCUUUCCAAGAGUUCACCAGGGAUAUGUACAUGUGCUUGUCAAAAGUUUACAUGCAGUCUUCUGCACAAUGGAGGCGAUACCAACUGAGCAAGCACUAGCUAUCAUCCCCCAACUGCUGGAUCGACUCUCCUCAAAAGAGGCAUGUGAUAUCACGCUGUUAGAAGCUGUUCAGCAAACACUAUAUGUGAUAACACAGAAAACACAGGUCACAAAUGGCUGGCAUCCCAGUUUUAUUGAGAAGUUAUGUGUGACAGUCGCUCCUUUUGCGAAUGAUCGAUUCUCCUCCGACGUUCGAGUCUACACCUAUGGCAUAGUAGGAAACUUGCUUUCAGAUGAACUCGCUGUUAACAUCUUAACAUCAGCGGGGAUAACUUCAGUGCCCGAGGAAAUACUGGCCUCUGCAGAUAUGAAAAUGAAUGACAAGCUGAAAGACGUGCUCAGACGGUUGAAAAAUCAUUUGAGCAAACAAAAUGGGGAGUGUGAAGAAUCCAGAAAAAAGAAGAAGAAGAAGAAGAAGAAAAAGAAGAAGACAGAAAAGCAUGAAGACCCAAAUGACGAAGUGUGCAGCACUUCAACUGAUCAAACAGCAGUUCCUGACAAAUCCCCAGUAACACAAAAGUGGCUACAAAUUAGCAAGAGGUGGAGGGAAAAAUUACAGAAAUUACACGGACUUGUGAGCACUGAUGAAAGUAAAGUCACCAGGAUUGGGAGCCUCGUUUACGUAAAUGAUGCAGAAUUUCGCAUAGCGAAGGGAAGUGAUGGUACUGAAGUCUUCUUGGGACUGAAAGGUGAUGGCACUGAAGUUGCAAUUAAGAGAAUGUCCAAAAGCAACUAUGAUGUGCUGAAGAAUGAGGAAGUACUUCUGCGACAUCCAAAGCUGUUCGAUAGCUGUAUCGUACGAUAUGUUGACUUUGCAGAGGAUGAGAACUUUGGGUAUCUUUGUCUCCAGCUUUGUGAAUACACCCUGGAAGAACAUAUCAGUAACAAUGAUGGCAGUCUGCGUCUAGAGGAACUUGUCUAUGACGUUCUUGACAGUUUAAGGUCGCUUCAUUGUCUAGAGCCACAAAUUCUCCACCGAGAUCUCAAACCACAAAAUGUUUUGAUUGAUGUGAACGGAAGAGCGAGAUUAGCUGAUUUUGGCAUUAGCAGACGUUUACCCAAAGACCAAACAACGCAUCACACACGCAGUGCAGGAACCGAAGGCUGGAUGGCCACAGAGACUUUAAAAGAAGGAGUUGACAUAGGAUACAAGUGGAGCACAGACGUACAGGUGGCAGGGAUGCUGAUUUAUUUCAUCCUCUCUGGAGGAGGCCAUCCUUUUGGUGGACCCUUUGAGCGUGUGUACAACAUUCAUCAAGGGACGCACACGUUGGAUCGUCUUCAAGAUGUGGUGGCAAAAGAUCUCAUCGAGGGGAUGAUCGAUAGAGAACCAGAAAAAAGACCUAAAGUGGAAAAAUGUUUGAGACAUCCAUUCUUCUGGACCAGCGCAAAGAAAGUAGAAUACUUGAGAAAAGUUGGAAACGAGAAAGAGGUGGCAAUCCGUCGAAAUACAAACCAAGAAUUGAUUUCUUCACUGGAAGAAUGUGCUGGGGGUGUAUCCUACAAUCAGUGGAGAGAUAAGUUUUCUUCAGACUUGGUCCAGAUGGUGGAUGACAGGAAGAAACCCUACGCCGAAAGCAUACUGGGAUUACUUCGCUUUAUACGGAACCUCCUUGAGCACAAUCCCAAGGAAGCAGCCAAAGUUGAUCUGAUGUCACUGUUUCCUCAUCUCUUUGGAUGUGUUUAUAAGUUCUCCAAAAGCCAAGGGUGGAAUUCAGAGAGUCCACUGAGGGAAAUGUUCACAGCAGAGGCGACAAUAGGCCCCACCAGUGAUGUAUUGUCACCCACCAACUAUGAAGAUCAAGUCAACCUCGCUGUUCAAGAAUCUCAGCACAGUUUUACUGAGCCAACCACACUUGCCACCAGGAGCAUCACUGGAGACAAGACUUAAUAUAUAAAUUUGAAUGAACUGCUGACAGAUGAGGUAAGGCCUCAAAUUAAGAUUCCAUUGAAAAUAAAGUGAUUCAUCUGUUUCACUGUUCUCAGGUAAAACUAUGCUCAAUCCAUCAAUUGUCAUGCAGAUUUUCAUCUUUCAUAUAUAUUACAUAAUAUAUUCUAUAUUACAACAAUUCAGUAUGGUAUAGUAUGAGACAAGAAAUAGAUUUGAAUGCUUUUUCUUUUGGUUUUUUGCAGUUGAUCACACUGGCUUUGAGAUUUUGAUCGAAGUUCAUUUUGGUGCAACUUAUUUAAAAAAAAAAAUUUUUUACUUACCAUUUCUAUCACAUACAACAUAUGUUCUUGAGAUGUGGACUGUUGUUCAUAUUGUUUUUUUCCCUGUCAGUUACUUUGUUUUUUUUUUAAGUAAGGUUAGUGUAAAUGAGAAUUUGUAAAAGUUUUAUCUUGACUAUAUACAAGUGUAAAAAUAUUAUUGUAAGAAGUGUUUAAUCUUGUCAGGGUACAAUAUCAGUAAAAGAUCAUCUUGUAAGGAAUUCAACAUAUGUUAACAGUCUUACCAAAUGAGAACUGCGACACAGUUCAGACACAUUAAUGCUAUUAAAAUCAAAGUAAAUAUGAAUAGAAUAAUAAAUAUUCUCCUCUUUUGGCUCAUUAUUCUGCAAAUUAUUCUCCAACAUAUGCGCGCAGCUUUGUGCUUUUAUUGUGAAGGAACCUUCGAUUUUCCUCUUGUCAUCGCUAUAAUUCCUCCUCAGAAGUUCUCUGGCGCAAUAUUUCCCUUAUAUUGCGCGCUAUCCAGUGUCUGACGUUAAAACUGCUUCACAUUUACUCAAGAAUUAUCGCUCAAAAGCAGUUUGAAUCGAUAUUUGUCUUGUCUUUAUUUUGUACCGGAAGUAAAAAAAACAACAACCCCAUUUCAUUCCGCGAGACUUGACAGGAGAGGAGAGCCACCACCAAAAGUGACGUUGCAGGACAAACAAACUAGAGCAGGCGAGGCAACUCGGGCGGCGGCACCGCGGGCAGACGGCCUGUGUCUUCGCGUUGUUUUUGCACAACAUACAUUCGGACAAUGCAGUUGUCCAAGAGGAGCGAGGGCGACUGGCAGGGGCUGGUCGGCGAGUUCCUGGUGUGUAAGCGUAAACUGGAGAGUAAGAAAGAGGCCCUGCUCAUUCUGUCUAAAGAGCUGGAUACCUGUCAGCAGGAAAGAGACCAGUACAAGCUGAUGGCCAACCAGCUGAGGGAGCAUCACCAGGGGCUCAAGAAGAAGUACAGAGAACUCAUUGAUGGUGAUCCCUCUUUGCCGCCAGAAAAACGCAAACAGGUGAACCUGGCUCAGCUGUUGAGAGACUCGAGGGAGCGGGCGAAACAGCUCGCUGAGGAGGUGAAGGAGCUGACUCAGAGGCUCACGGAGGCCCAGGGGGAUAACAAGCUCCUCAGGAUGACCAUAACUCGACAGAGGCUGGGGGACGAGGACGUGGGGGCGCGCCACUUUCCUGCCCAUGAGCGCGAGGAUCUGGUUCUCCAGCUAGAGAGAGCGGGCCUACAGAUGGAGGAGAUGGAGCACAACGUGAAGGCUGUGACGGACGAGCUGCAGGACGUGAAGGCGGAGCGCAGUGUGUUCAGGGAGAAGGCCGAUCGACUCAAUGUGGAGCUCAACCACAUCUUGGGCAACCACGAGGCACGCAUCAUUGAUGUUGACGCCCUCUGCAUGGAAAACAAGUAUUUGCAUGAGCGCUUCAGCCAACUGCAAGAGGAGGUGAAUCUGCUCAAAUCGAACAUCAUGAAGUACAAGACAGCUCUUGAGAGGAGGAAAAACUCCAGCACAUAUGGGAAAUCAUACAGCAGUCCCCUCACUGGAGUCCUCUCCGCCAAGCAAGUCCAGGACAUGCUCCUGGAAGAGCAGGGCUGCAGCCUGCCGGCCACGCCUCAGUCCAUUUCCGACCUCAAGUCCCUGGCCACAGCCCUGCUGGAGACCAUCCACGAGAAGAAUCUGGUCAUCCAGCACCAGCGGCACACCAACAGGAUCCUUGGAAACAGAGUUGCAGAUCUAGAAAGGAAGCUGAAGACAUUGGAGGUCUCAGGACUGUGGAGCCUCCCAGGCUUGACCUACCGUGUAUCUGUGGGAAUUGGGAGGACACGGAACAGCAUCACGCUGAAUGACAACCUUCAACCAGAGCUUCGUCCGACACCUGCCACGUCUCAGCCACCCAUAGUUGUGUCAGACAACAGAAGUUCAGAUGAAUCAAUGUGGGAAUGCCACACCGCCGGCGGCGACCUUGGCACAGAUGGCUUCAGCAGGGGAGACACACCUGCACUGCUCAACAGUCUGGAGCAACUAGCAGGGGUGGAGAGCAAUGGAAUUGAUGGGAGAGGGGGAGAAAGGGGGACCCUGAUGGAAGAUCGAGGCACCUCAGAGCUGGAGGAGGGGCGUAGUCCGGUGGAAGAGGCGGGGCAAGAGGUAGAAGGGAUCGACCACGAAGAACUAUGCUCCAUGGUGGAGGAGGGAGAAGAGGCGGCCUUGGCGCUGGAUGUGCUGCCCUCUGAAUCAGACCUUCCAUGCCUUCCAAUGGACCAAGCCUCUGUCGAUCAUUCAGAAGCGGGGCAUCAGUGCUGGGAAACUCAGGACAAUGUGCCUGAUAAUGUACCUGAACAUGUAAAGGCGUCCAUAUCGGUUCCAGAGGACCAGGCCACUGAAGUAUCCAGCACAGUGGUGUGGGACAUCCACUGUCGAUCUGCACAGAGUGACACGUGUCAUAGCGACAACUUGGCAUGAUCUUCGAAAGACUUUCAAUUAUUUAAAUCCUGGCCCAUGCCGUUUUAAUUGAUGGUUGCAUUAAUCAUCCCUGGCUGCAUUCUCACAACGUGGGCCCUGCUCACCAGCUCCCUGUUCUGCCCGACAGCUCUUUUUUUUUCCUUCUUUUUUUAGUCAAUAAAACACAGAGAAAACACUUUCACUCUUCAGCCGGCGUCGACAGAGCCGGAGGUGCAUUCGUAUCUAGACAGGCUUGUUACUGCGCAGGAACAGACAAUCUUGAAAUCAAUGGAGUUGCAAACCUCAUGCCCUACAGGAGCUAGGAAAAUAACAAAUAUGGCAACCUCCAGUCUUGGUCUCCAUAUUCCCUUCCGCUUUCCCCCUGCGAUUGGAUAAUCCCAAUUGUUUGCUUUCUUCUUCUUCCUUGGGGAGCUGCAUUUCCGUUGUUACUCUCAUAGGGGGUCCAAAUUAACUCACCAAAACUUGUAAUGAGUGUGUUGUGGAUAUGUGUAAAUUCAUCAUUACAAGAGAUUCUAUUGAUGUCUAUUUUAUCUGUAUUGGUGAAUCUUGUCUAUCAUUCUGUUUUUAUUUUUGCUCAUUUAGAAGUUAAUAUUUGGAUGAGACUUCAUGUGCCUUAUAAAGUAAGUGGAAAAGAUUACUGAUAAAAGUGCAUAAACCUGCAGUACUGUUGGUUGUUAUUUUUCUUUCCAGAAAGGUCAGCUGCUCUGAAACAGACAACAGAGCUGUCAGGUUUCAUUGAAGAUAAGUAAGCAAUCCCCAUAUCUUGAGCACAGAAAAAAAAAUGAUCGGAUCAUUGUCGGGCAGUGAAUCCCAGCCAGGGUUUCUUGUACCACAUCUAAUCAGCUAAUCUGUGGGUGAAAUAAAUGGUUGAAAUGUUUCACUAUAAAUAACUGAUACUGUAAAUUGUGCCACUACCAAGUCGGGGUCGCACAAUUUAACAUAUUCACUUCUUGUAUCUAAUUGAUAAUGUGAAAUGACAUCCAGUUUAAAAUCAAUUUAAAUAUUUGGAAUACGACAGGGCUUGAGGUAUGUCUUGACAAAAACAGGUUGGAAACCAAAUAAAAGGUUUGACUGAUA